AUGGCCCUGACGGAACAAUCAGCCGCACCUCAGGGUUGGGGUCGUUGGCAACAACAACACGCCGCAAGCGAUUAUACCAUGAUGGACAACUCAAACUUCGUGUCUUAUGACGCGAGAGCUGCAACGUCGGCCCCUAUGAACGGAGCCAUCAUGGCUCCCCAGUACAUGGUUGGAAACCACUACGGCGUCGCAUCUAUGCCGACCAUGGGGCACCCGUGCCCGACCCAGAACCAUUUCGCCUACACCCAAUACGAUUCGUCUCCAGCCAACAUGAACAUGCCCUUCAGACUACCAGCACAACAGGAGCGCCAGAUGAUGCCUGUUGUGGCGCCAGAACACGAGGUACCUCGCGCGAGUUCCUACCCUCAGGAAAGCCCCUCUGUUCAAAACGACCGUCAUCGUAGCCCUUCAACCCGGAGCGAGACGAAGCUUAGCGCUCCAAAGACUCCCCACCCACUCAACACCAAGGACAUUAAGUUCAACAAGCCUACCAGUGCCGAGCCUGUCAACUUCACCACCGCCAUUGAUACCCUGAUGAAGGCCAUCCAGAAGAGGCACGAUUCAGAAGAUAUCGUCAAGGGUGUACCCGAGAUUGAGAAGGUGGUGAAGCCCGAACCCAAGUCGCCCCAACCCCGGGCUCAAACCCAGACCCAAGGUCAGAGCCAGGCACAAAGCCAGCCACAGAGUCAGCCACAGGGUGAGACUACCACAGAGCCAGCAGAUGCACCAAAACCGAAGAAAUACAUUUGCGACGUCGACGGGUGUGGCAAGAGCUUCUACCAGAGCACUCACCUGGACACGCACAAGCGUGCCCAUACCGGAGAGAAGCCAUACGCAUGCAACUGGCCGCGUUGCGGACGCACUUUCUCACAGCCAGGCAACCUCAAGGUAAGCGAACGCCCGAAGUUGAAGGCAUACAUGAACUGA